AUGGCCAUGGUGACUUCUGGCCCCACGCUGCUGUUUAUGGCCAUGGCUGGGUUCAUGGUCCUGUUGCAGCCCGGGCAAACACAGACCUUUGAGCUGGCAAUCUCCAACACAGACCCCAUCUAUGAGCUGCAGGAGCUCCUGAAGGGCCUGGUCUUGCAGAACUAUAGCCACAGGAUCUCCAUGACUCAUGGUAACUGCAGGAUAUCUGAGACGAGAUUCAGUGAGGGUCCCAGUAUUGAUGGGUUUCCAGGACCCAACAAGAUGAGCUUCCGGACCCCACCCACACUGGAGAAGCUGGCAAGGAAGGCGCUGCUGAGAGAUGAGGCCUUGGCCAUCUCUGCUCUGGAAGACCUGCCCAAGAUGCUCUUCCUACCACUGUUCCAGGAGGCCUUCAUUUGCAGACUCCCUAACAUUUUGAUGGUAAUGGUGGCAGCCUGGCCUUUACCCUACAUCCCUGAGGGGACCUUGAUGACCUCCGGCAACCUGGAGUUUUCUCAGGCUGUGGUGGAAGGACUGAGGGACCUGCUGAGACAGCAGGAUCACUCCAUGAGGGGGAAUCUUCGAAUACUGGAUUUUCGGAGGGUGCACCGUGACGUCUGGACCAUAGAGGCUGGGACAGAAGAUGGGGACUGCUCAGCUGAGACUGUGAGUGAGAAGCAAGCAGUGAAGCCCCCUCCCAGAUACGAGCAGAGGCAGCGUCUGAAGGUGAUAACUGACCUCUACUCCAGGUUCACACAGGAGGAAGAAGAAACAGAUUUCUUGCCUGGGGCUCAGCAUAGAAAAGACUCCCUACAGCUGUGCUGUGUGAACAUGAAGAUUGUGUUAUUGUCUGAAGAUCAUGUCAGUAUGUUCCGGAAAAUUAUCGGGCUGUGGAAUAUUGAGGUGUUAGAAUUCACCAUAGAUUGGAGUUGGAGUUCUCUGUUACGAUUUUAUCCCUACUUCGCGCAUAUGAGAAAUCUUCACACACUUUCUCUGGUCUGGACCAACAAGAACACAUUUGAGCAUGCCUAUACAUCAGACUACAAGUGGUUUGUUCGCACUUUCAUAUCUGAGCUCUCCGGUAUCAGCAGCCUCCAGCAUCUCUAUAUGGAUGGGAUCUGUUUUCUCAGUGACAACAUGAAACAAUUGCUCAGGUCGUCCAUGGAACUAACCCUUUGGUCUCUGCCUAGGAACCUGAAGAAUCGCCUGGAAACCUUCUCUGUCACUCACUGCCAGCUGUUUCGGUCAGACUUGUAUCAUUUGUCCCAGUGUCGGCGUCUCUGUCAACUAAAACAUCUGGACAUGAGUGGAGUCCUACUGUCCAAUUUCUGUCUGAUGCCUCUCAGGGUUCUCCUGCAGAAAGUGGCAGACUCCCUUGAGACUCUGGAAUUGGAGGGGUGUGGGAUAAAGGACUCUCAGCUCAGUGUCUUCCUCCCUGCCCUCAGCCAAUUCCCCAAGCUCACAAAGGUCAAUUUCUAUAGCAAUGACUUCUACAUGAAUGUCUUGAGUGACCUUCUCCACCACACAGCCAACUUGAGCAACAUGGCCAUGGAGCAGUACCCUGCCCCUCAGGAGUGCUAUGAGCUGGGUCUGGUUUCCAUAGAGAGAUUGGAACAAUUUUGCCCUGUGCUCAUGGAUACCCUCAAGGCCAUAAGGCAGCCCAAGAGCAUCUCCUUUGCUACAGAUGGUGGUUACAUAGAGGGCUUUGUGUAG